GCAUGAGUAUUAGUGCAAAAAGUGGCGCUCUGCUGAGCUCCCGGGCACCGAGGUACUGGUGGCGACAGCGGCAGCCGUCUUGCGCCGCAGAGGGUCCCUCCUGGUCGUACUUCGGUGGCAGCCGGCCGCGGCCCAUCCUGGACAUGUCCUACUCCCGUCACUUUCUGGAUUUCCAGGGCUCGUCCAUCCCCAGCUCCAUGAAGAAGCUGGUAGUGACUAAGCUGAGCCAAAACUUCAGAGAAGCUGUUACCCUGCAGCAGGACUCGCCCGUGCCACUCCCGGGAGACGGAGACCUCCUUGUCAGGAACAGAUUUGUCGGCAUUAAUGCAUCUGACAUAAACUACUCAGCUGGUCGAUAUGACUCAUCAGUUAAACCCCCAUUUGAUAUAGGUUUUGAAGGUGUCGGUGAUGUGGUAGCAUUAGGGCUCAGUGCUAGUGCUCAUUAUACAGUGGGUCAAGCCGUGGCCUAUGUGAAAGCAGGUUCCUUUGCUGAAUAUACAGUUGUACCUGCCAAACAAGCGGUUCCUCUACCCUCUGUGAAACCCGAGUUUCUUACUUUAAUGGUAAGUGGUGCUACUGCAUAUAUCAGUUUGAAAGAGUUGGGAGAGCUGUCUGAAGGCAAGAAGGUUUUGGUGACAGCAGCGGCUGGAGGAACGGGACAGUUUGCUGUGCAGCUUGCAAAGAAGGCAAAAUGCCAUGUAAUUGGAACCUGCUCCAGUGAUGAAAAGGGUGGUUUUCUGAAAUCCAUUGGCUGUGACCAUACUAUCAACUAUAAAACUGAAAAUGUUGAAUCUGUUCUUAGGAAGGACUACCCUGAAGGUGUGGAUGUAGUGUAUGAGUCUGUUGGGGGCAAGAUGUUUGACUUGGCUCUUAACUCCUUGGCUACCAAAGGGCGCCUGAUAAUUAUUGGGUUUAUCACUGGCUACCAAAGCCCUACUGGCCUUUCGCCCAUUAAAGCAGAGCUAUUGCCAGCAAAACUAUUGAAGAAGUCUGCCAGCAUCCGAGGUUUCUUCUUGAGCCAUUACUUGUCUGAAUAUCAAAUGGCUCUGAAGCACUUGCUUGAGAUGUAUGAAAAGGGAGACCUGGUUUGUGAGGUGGACUUUGGAGACAUGUCUCCAGAGGGCAAGUUCAUUGGCUUGGAGUCUGUAUUCCGUGCUGUAGAUUACAUGUACAUGGGAAAAAACAUUGGAAAAAUUGUAGUUGAAUUACCUCACUCUGUCAACAGUAAGCUGUAAAAACAGAACAAUGAUAUAAAUCAGAAGAGAAAAUGGGCACUUUAUGUUGCAGAAUUACUAGAAACAAUUACUUUUUUUUUUCAAGCUUAGUAACAGAUAUUUUAUUAAAAAAACAAUAUUAAGGUGUUAAUAAGUUUUGUGUUUUACUUCUUUUCUUAAAGCUGUUUAAUUUGGUGGCUGUAGCACAGACUUACUGGUCCUAUGUUUGAUGCUGUUGCUUAGGCUAGCAUGAAACAAGAACAUUGUUCUUGAGAGAAUAAGUUGAUGCAGAGGCAAAUUUAGUCUGUCAGACUGGCUUGAUAAUACUUUAUAUAUAGUUCAGCUCAGAAAAAAAAUAUUUCAGCAAUUUUGAUUCCCUGAUUUUAGAAUAAGACUAAGUAAAGAGUUGCAUCUUACGGUUUCUCUAUUAAUCACUUGAAGUUUCUAGAAAAAGCAUGCUCUUUAUUAUCUAUUUUUUGUCACAUGAUAAUCAUAAUUCAGUUGCAUCAUGGAUCAUAGUAAUAUUCUUUGAGUGGUUACAUAGGGAAAUUCAUCCUCCAAUUCUGACAUGUCAGUAACAUGAAGAAAAGCAACUUGACUUUGUUGUAAUUGUCUUUUGUAAAGGUAACCAACUUUCCAAAUUUUAUUUAAAUCUUUAACUAGAAGUUGCAACAUUUUCUCAUUUUCUUACCUUUUCAUGUGCUUACAGUCUAGUCUCCCUGUUAGUCAAUAUUAUAAGGUUAUUGGAGGGAGGUUUUGAUCCAUGUUCAUGUGUGUUCAA